CGCCUCGUACAAAGACCCCUUGCUAAUGCGACCAAAUCACUUUCUCUCCGUUCACUCCACACAUCAAAAGUCCUCCUUGAGAAACCAAAGUUUCAGGAUCCCUACCCUGAUCUCGGCAUCAGACAUGCUCCUCAGAUGGAUCUCGACACACCUUACGCAAAUCUUCCUCCGAUCCCUCGUCCAAACGAACCAAUCGAAACCAAGCGUGCCAGAUUAGCCUACCAGGCACGUAAGCGUGGCAUUCUCGAGACAGAUCUUUUGUUGUCCACAUUUGCCAAGAUCCACCUUCCGCUCUUUACAAUGGACCAGCUUGUCGAAUUCGAUCGUCUGAUGGAUGAACCUGACUGGGAUAUCUUUUACUGGGCCACAGACAAAAAGACUUUACCUGCCAGAUGGCAGGGAAGCAAAGUGUUGGAUAGUCUGAGAGCCCAUGCAAAGAACGAAGCCAAGGUUGUGUUGCGAAUGCCUGAUUUGGUGGUCAAGGCUCAAGAUUAAGCAAUAAGCAAUAAUGCUUAUUGUAAUAUUAUACUUACAUAUAUAUAUAUAUAUAUAUAUAUAUAUAUAUAUAUGUAAAGAUGUUUAAAUGCUAUAUAGCAUGUCCUUUAUUCUGACAAUAAAAGUAAGAAACCAGGAGUAUAUUUAAUAACAAGCAUAAUAAAGCAGAAUAUUAUUAAU